ACAGAUAAAAACUAUUCUCGUUUCUGAAACUCAAUGAAGCACUUGCAAUGAAAUGAUGUCGGAAUAGCUUUGUAUGUGUUUUCAAAGGAUGAAUUUCUUUACACUGACCGUUCGAUAGGCUGGGUAACUUUAGACUAGAACCCAGAAAUGGAUAAGGAAGCGCCCGAGUACUUGUCAGCCGAGGAGCUUCGGAAUCGGCUGUAUCACAGCCUCCGUGAUCGUGGUCUGGUCGAUAAUAUCAAGAGUCAGCUUAGAAACAGUAUUGUCACAGAACUACAGCAAACAAGCCGGGGACAGGGUCAGUUAACACUAAGGGACUUAAAAGUACCAGAGGAAGGAACCCUACUUCAUCGUGCCUCUAAUAGCCUCAUCGCCGACCACCUACGUCGCUGUCAGUAUGAGUAUUCACUCAGUGUCUUCCUCCCAGAGAGUGGCAUCAGUAGAGAUAAGGUAUUUGGAACACCCGACCUUCUGCAGCUCCUGGGAAUCAGCUCUCAGUCUCGACUGUACAGAAAGAUGGCCUCGCCUAAAGGGGAACAUCAUAAGAAAGGAUUCCUGUGGCAGCUCCUCAGUGAAGUUGCCAGUCUCCACGCCAACGCUGUCCAGGACUUUGGCACACAGACUGACCUCAUCAAGGUCGGACCUAUCACCUCGCUAGAUGAGAAGCUGGUUGGGGUUGAUGACUUUUACUCCUCCAAGAGAGAUGACCAUCACAAGGUUGGAGUGACCGCUGUGGAGGACAGGCUGCUUUCCUUUCAGCGUCAGUUAGAGGAGCGUUAUAGAUCUGAUCUACAGCUCGAGCUUGCUCGGAUGAAGGACAAUGAGAUUGCCCGGAUUCGUGUUGAAGAGAAGGAGAAUGGUCGUCGUGAGAUAGAUCAACUGAGAAGAGAGCUGGAGAGAACCUACCAGAAUAAGAUUGACUCCAUGACAACAAGGGAACGUAACUCUAUAGAAAGGAUGCAGAAGGAACAGGAGAUGCAUGAGAAGGAGAUAUACACCCAGCGUCAGACCAUACUGGAGGAAAUUGAACAGCUACGAAGGCGGGAGGCUGAUGUCAAACGGCAGGCUGACAUCAACGACAGGGAAAAGCAGCUGAUGGAAGAUCGUUUACGAGACAAAGAAUCUAACCUCAAACAUCGGGAACAUCUAGUCAAUCGACAGGAGACGGAGUAUGAACAGAAACUAGCCAAUGAAAUGACAAAAUUUAAGGUAGAGGAACAAGCCAAGUUUAUGGCGAGGACACAGAACCUUGAGAUCAGGGAGGCCAAACUGAGAGAGGAUGAGCGGCGUGUAGGCGAGGAUAAGGAUCAUCUCCAGGGACUCAAGGACACACUUAAAGACAGGGAGGUCCGCAUCAACGAACUCGAGACAAAGAUCCAAGAGGAAAAACAUAAAGAAGUUUCAGCGUCUAGACAGAAUGAACUUCUUCAUGGCAAGUUACGGGAUAUGGGAGAUUACAAGGUACUACAGGAGAGUAAUGCUGUGAUGAAGAACGAGCUGGAAACUUUGAGAACGAGACUUGCAGAGUUGUUGCAAAUGAACGAACGUGAAAGAGGAAGACAAGAGGAGAUGAUGAGAGAGCUGCGCCGACCCUCCCCAGAAACCCUCAUGUUACAGCGGGACCUGGAGAAAACCAAGGAGGCACUACGUCAGGAAACCACUCUCUCCAGCGCCCAGACGUCACAGCUGGAGAAACGCCUUCAGGAAGAGAUGGACCGGAACCGUGACCUGCUACGUAGGUUUGAGGACCAGACGUCUCAGAUGAAGGAUAUGAACCGGGAACUAGUCGACCUCCGUUCACAGCUGUCUAUCACUCAUCAAGCCCUCACCAAUGAAGUGUACAGGAAGCCAGUCCGCCCUGGCAGUGACAGCCGUGGUGGAUCUCUCCACACUUCUAGACAAGUACCAGAAAACAUGGAGGGUGCUGAUGAUGUCCAGAAAAUUCCGACAAACCUCUCGCCCCGACUUGAUGUCCUGAGCCCGCGGCGGGCAUCACGGCGACCCAGGUUUGAGGACAAUGAUGUGUACAAUGACAUUGAUGUAGAGUUUGGUUUACUGCCCUCUAGUGGUGGAAAAGUUUAUACAGAUCUAUCCGAGGAGGACCUUGAUAACGGCUCCCUGGGAUCAGCUGACAUUGUAGCCGAGGCUAAAUAUAGACUUCGGAGUCUGGAGAAGGAAGCUUUGAAUCUAGAGAAGGUGUACAGAAAUUUCCAGUAUCAGAUGAUUAAUCCAGUGGCGGACACAGAACCAAGUCGUACCCCUAGAGGGAGCCACCAGUCUGGCCCAAAGGAUGUGACGAGCCAAAAGAAGGUAGAAAUAGUGGCGUCCCCGGGGGAAAGUCCUAUCCACCGCCCCAUGUCGUCCACUCCAUACCAACAGGCUGGCCGCAGCUCUUCACAGCUGGCAGACAGUCUACAUGAACUGACAGGAUCCCGCGACAGAGAGCACCCUCCCCCGAGGUUUGACAUCUCUAACAUGUCUGAUGAUGGUGAACACCACCAGGAUGAGAGGAUAGAGAAACCCCGACCAAUCACAGUAUCUGACCUUGAGGCUCGGCCAGGGUCGCCCAGUAUCAUGGUGGUGCCGGGAUCUGGGGCGUCGAGUGAGGACAACAUCCCAGCUGCCAGGGACCCAGGGAAAGCAAGUCCACUCCCUCCCCUAGGUGCGGCCAAACUCGCGCCCAUCAGACAGGAGUCCCCAGCCACUCCUAAUAGGCCUCCUCCUGGUGGAAAACUUGUCCCGAUGUCAUUGGACGAUGCCUGGAAGGCUCCUUCACUAGAGGACGCCUGGAAAUCUCAGCCAGCUGUGAAAGAGGUAGCUAGCACUGAAGAUGAUGACAGAUGGGAGGAGGAGAGGAGGAAAAAAGAAGCUGAGAGAAAGAAGAAGGAAGAAGAAGCAUGGGAGCGAGAGCAGAGGGAACUGGAGAGACUACAGGGAAAGAGAGGCUCAGAGGAUUUUGAAGAUGACCAUCACUCUGAACAAUCCAAAAAGGAAGAAAAGGGUGUAGAUGAUGAUGGAAUUGACCCCACUAUGAAACAGUACAUGGCCAUGGUGGCUCAACAAAAGGAAAAAGAAAUGGAGCCAAGAAAGCUUGCCAAAAAAACUACAGAUACCUGGUCCAAAGGGAGGAAAUUCUCACAAGCAGACACUCCCACCCAGUCCGAGCAGGAAAUGUCGGGGGCCGAUGUGCACAGUAAUGACGGCUCAGAGGCUGAUUUCCAGUGGUAGUCAUUGUAGAGAGAUGGAAUAGAUGAUAGCAGUACAGUAUAAGACUGUGUCAGAUCAACUGGUGGUGUCUAAUUACAGGACUGGGUAACAGGUCAACUGGUGGUGACUAGUUACAGGAUUUGAUAUCGGGUCAACUGGUGGCGACUAGUUACAGGAUUCUGUAUCAGAUCAACUGGUGGUGACUAGUUACAGGACUGUGUAUCAGGUCAACUGGUGGUAACUAGUUACAGGAGCCUGUAUCAGGUCAACUGGUGGUGACUAGUUACAGGAUUCUGUAUCAGGUCAACUGGUGGUGACUAGUUACAGGAUUCUGUAUCAGAUCAACUGGUGGUGACUAGUUACAGGACUGGGUAACAGGUCAACUGGUGGUGACUAGUUACAGGAUUUGAUAUCGGGUCAACUGGUGGCGACUAGUUACAGGAUUCUGUAUCAGAUCAACUGGUGGUGACUAGUUACAGGACUGUGUAUCAGGUCAACUGGUGGUAACUAGUUACAGGAGCCUGUAUCAGGUCAACUGGUGGUGACUAGUUACAGGAUUCUGUAUCAGGUCAACUGGUGGUGACUAGUUACAGGAUUCUGUAUCAGAUCAACUGGUGGUGACUAGUUACAGGACUGUGUAUCAGGUCAACUGGUGGUGACUAGUUACAGGAGCCUGUAUCAGGUCAACUGGUGGUGACUAGUUACAGGAUUCUGUAUCAGGUCAACUGGUGGUGACUAGUUACAGGACUCUGUAUCAGGUCAACUGGUGAUGACUAGUUACAGGAAUCUGUAUCAGGUCAACUGGUGGUGACUAGUUCAAGGAUUCUGUAUCAGGUCAACUGGUGGUGACUAGUUACAGGAAUCUGUAUCAGGUCAACUGGUGAUUACUAGUUACAGGACACUGUAUCAGGUCAACUGGUGGUGACUAGUUCAAGGAUUCUGUAUCAGGUCAACUGGUGGUGACUAGUUACAGGAUUCUGUAUCAGGUCAACUGGUGGUGACUAGUUACAGGAUUGUGUAUCAGGUCAACUGGUGGUGACUAGUUACAGGAGCCUGUAUCAGGUCAACUGGUGGUGACUAGUUACAGGACUCUGUAUCAGGUCAACUGGUGGUGACUAGUUACAGGACUCUGUAUCAGGUCAACUGGUGGUGACUAGUUACAGGACUCUGUAUCAGGUCAACUGGUGGUGACUAGUUACAGGAAUCUGUAUCAGGUCAGCUGGUGGUGACUAGUUACAGGAGCCUGUAUCAGGUCAACUGGUGGUGACUAGUUACAGGAAUCUGUAUCAGAUCAACUGGUGAUGACUAGUUACAGGACUCUGUAUCAGGUCAACUGGUAGUGACUAGUUUCAGGACUGUGUAUCAGGUCAACUGGUGGUGACUAGUUACAGGAAUCUGUAUCAGGUCAACUGGUGGUGACUAGUUACAGGAACCUGUAUCAGGUCAACUGGUGGUGACUAGUUACAGGAUUCUGUAUCAGGUCAACUGGUGGUGACUAGUUACAGGAUGUUAGUUGAUAAAUUGUAUUCUGGUAUGUACCUGUAUGUACCUCUAAAUGCCAGCUACAGAAGUUUGAAGUUAUCUAAAGGAAAUAGUUUUGUUUUCUAUAUGAAAACAUAAAAAUUUUAGAAUUACUUCUACACUAACUGCUAUAUAGAUUUAUAUUAAUAGUAACAUAAAAGUAAACAAACAAACUAAAAUACUGAUCUAUAUUGUCACAUGUUGGUGUGAUCAUGUGUGUUGUUUAUGAGGGAAAUCAGGGAGAAACAUGCACAUGUGGCCUGAGGUAGGAUGUGUUUGUGUGUGUGAGGGUGGACGUUUGCACGGUGUACAUCUAUGGUGCUGUGUUAGGAUGAAAGUGUAUGAGGACAUGUAAAUGGUGAUUGAACAUGAAUCUGAGACAAACAUUUGUGAUAAUUUCAUCGUUUAUUAAGGACAGUAGAUUGUAUUUUUACUUAGAAUGCUUUUACUUUAGUGUUAAGAUAACUAAUUUGAUUUUGGAGAUUAUUCUCUGUUUUUUGUUAGUUUGGAUACAAGUUUGUUGACGAUAGCUGUGUACCAUGACUGAGUGGUGUAAUGUGAUAGUUCAUGUGAAGAUAAGUCAAUGUAGUGAUAAUGAACGAGUGAUUUACUGUAGCUAGGUAGGAUUAUUAUUUUAUAAACAAUACAUUAUUUCAGCAAGCUAUAUAUAUAUGAAAACUAUUUCAUUUGUGUAUAAUUGUUAAUAAUAUUAAUUACAUGAAAAUAAAAACUGGAUCUGUGUUGGAAAUUUUCUGUCUUAUUUAUUGAUAAAUGGCUCUAACAAAGCGUCCUUCAUUCUCUCAAAGGUUGUAGCUUCAGACAUCACAUUUAUCAAUACUGUGUCAUAAAUAUAUUCACCAUGACUAGACUCUAACCUCCCAUGUGAGCUCUGUGUCGGUACUGCGAUAGCUUAGUCGGUUAGAGUGACAGCCACGUAACCUCAGGUGAAGAUCUGAGGUGUGUGGUUUGACACUCCGUACCAGUGUAAGUUUGUG